CAGGACACUAUGUGCAAAUACGUUUCCGGCAAAGACAGGACCUGAUACAGCUAGAUGAAAUGCAUUGUAUUGCUGUGACUUUGGUGCUGGUAAGCACUAUUCAUUUGUCAACGUCAGCAUCAAAUGAUGCUGCUAAAACCUUGUGUCCCAAAAUGAUAUGCGGAAGUACAUCCAUGAACGUCUCGUUUCAAAUAAAAGACUUGGUGUCUCUUGAUGUUGAUAUCCAAAACAUUCACCUGAGAGAUAAAGCAUGCUUCGGUGUUCAAAUUAGUGAAAGUACUUUAUCGGUGGUGUCCCAGCUCCAAGAUUGCAAAACCCAACUAAGUACAAAUAAGACACAUGCUACUUAUCAGAACACAGUUUAUUUACCUCCAGAUCCAAGCCUGGUUAUUUACAGAGAAGAAUACUUUGUGGAUGUCUCCUGUUCCUACCCUCUGGAUAUGAAUGUGUCUAGUGGUACAACUUUAUAUCCCACAAUAAGCACAAUAUAUAUCAAGGUUGACGGCAGUGGAGAAUUUAAGGUGACAAUGGCUCUGUUUGAAGAUGCAGGCUUCAGUACACCCUACAAAAGGGACACCAUUGCAUUGUCCACCAAAGAUAUGUUGUAUGUUGGGGUCUAUAUUGAAGGAGACACCCCUGACUUUGAUUUGGUGAUGGUAAACUGUUUUGCAACACCUACACAAAGCUUUUAUGAUCCUGUUAGAUACAACCUUAUUCGGAACAGUUGCCCUAAUGAACAGGAGAAGACAUUGACCGUUGCUUCUAAUGGUAUCUCUAAAAAAGGGCAAUUCUCAGUGCAGAUGUUCAAGUUUAUUGGCAAUUAUUCAUAUGUCUACCUGCAUUGUGAAGUUCAUCUUUGUGAAAAUUCCGUUUCAUGCCUUCCUAUCUGCGAUAGACCUAGAUCUCGUAGGAGCAAUCCUGAAAGUUCUACUGGUGUUCUAAGCCUUGGACCGAUAUCAUAUGCAGGUCUAACCCAAGAUUCAGGAAAGCUAUGUCCCAUACUUACCUGUGGAUCAUCUCACAUAAAUGUCACUUUUCACACGAAAGACCUUCAAUCGGUCAAUGUUGAUACUGAACACAUCCACCUCAUCGACAGAAGCUGCCGUGCUCAGCCUGACGGUGUGAAUAACGCAAUGUCAUUAGGAUGGGAACUCAAAGAGGGAGAAUGUGGAACCUCAUUAAUUAAAAAUGCGACGCAUGUCACAUAUAAGAACCUGAUCUACCUGCCACCUGAUCCAGUUAAAAUCAUAUACAGAGAAGAAUAUUAUGUCAAUGUUUCUUGCUCGUAUUCUCUGGAUAUGAAUGUCUCGCUAUGGACAGUCCUUCGCCCCAUUUUAAGCAAAACAUACCUUAGCAUUGCCGGCAGUGGACAAUUCCAGGUGAUGAUGUCUCUUUUCCAAGACCCAGGAUACCUUAGGCCUUUUCAACAAGGAUGUCUUUCAGUCUCCACUUCGGAGACAUUGUACAUUGGCGUUUUCGUCGCUGAAGGAGACAUUUUAAACUUUGAUCUGGUGAUGGUGAACUGCUUUGCAACCCCAACAAAUAACUUUUAUGAUACCGUUAGAUACAACCUAAUCCAGCAGAGUUGCCCCAAUGAAAAAGAAAAAACUCUGCAUGUUGCAUCGAACGGCAUCUCUAGCCAAGGACAAUUUUCCGUUCGGAUGUUCAAAUUCAUUGGAAAUUAUCCUUACGUCUACCUGCAUUGUGAGGUCCAUCUUUGUAGAAGGAAUGGAAUGUCAUGUUUGCCUGUGUGUCCACAAUUUAAAUCUCGCAAUAGUGGUUCUGAAAGUAAAACUGGGCAAUUAAGCAUUGGACCAAUAACAUACAAGGGUUUGUCUCAAGAGCCUCAAAAAUUGUGUCCAAAUCUUACUUGUGGCUCCUCGCUCAUUAAUGUCACUUUUCAAACAAGGGACCUUCAAACUGUUGAUACUCAAAAUAUCCAUCUUCAUGACAAAAGUUGUUAUGCUCAUUCUAAUAGUGAAGAUACAAUCUCAUUGGCAUGGGAGCUGAAAGAGGGAGCAUGUGGAACGUCAUUAACAACCAAUGUGACACAUGCCACCUACAAGAACUUAAUUUACUUGCCACCUAAUCCAGCAGACAUCAUCUACAGAGAUGAACUCUUUGUAAACGUUUCAUGCACCUAUCCUCUGGAUAUGAACGUGUCCCUUUGGACGGUCCUACGCCCCGUUUUAAGACAAAUAUACAUCAGUAUUGAAGGUAUGGGAGAGUUUAAGGUGAUAAUGGCUCUUUUCCAAGAUCCCGCUUACCGUAUACCUUACGAAGUAGGAAGUCUUUCUCUGUCCACUGAAGAAAUGUUGUAUGUUGGAGUCUUUAUUGCCGAAGGAGACGUUUCCCACUUUUAUUUAGUGAUGAAGAACUGCUUUGCUACACCUACAAAUACCGUUUAUGAUGCUGUUAGAUACUAUAUUAUUCAAAACAGCUGUCCAAAUAAAAAGGACCAAACCAUAAAUGUUGCAGCUAAUGGCAUCUCCAGCCAAGGACAGUUCUCCAUUAAGAUGUUUAAAUUUAUUGGUGACAACAUAGACACUGUCUAUUUGCACUGUGAAGUUCAUCUGUGCCAGAAAACGUCUACGACUUCAUGUCUGCCUUCUUGUUCUAGGCUUGACCUAGCAUCUCGAGGUGUAUCUCCAAUAAGCCCAGUACUGACUCUAGGGCCCAUAAGUCGUUCAGACAUUGAUCCGGAAACUACUGUUGGUACUGAUCCAGGCCGCACUGCUGCCACUACUUCGAGUAAUACCAAAGACAUAAGAACAUCCCUGGAUUUUUUGGCACUCACUGGAUUGGUGGCGUUAGGAUAUUUUCUUUGAAGCCAGUUAUGUCUUUCGCUUUCUUCAUGUUUUGCCAUUUUGAAAUACAUCAAGAUUACAAUACGAAAUAGCAUAAAAAUAAUGUAAUUAUGGUGGUGGGACAAAUACUAUAACUGAUUAAAUGUGGGAUUUCAUGAAAUAAUUCUGGUAUUAUCUGGAAAAUUUGUACAUUUGUGACAUAAACAAAAAGAAGCAAACUGUGUUAAACCAAGACCAAGUUUUAAAUAAAUGAUUAUUAUGAUUUAA